AUGAUAACAACCAUAAAGGCGACGGUAGUGAGAAGUUUAUUUACAGAUUGUAUUAUUGGAACGGAUUAUAUCAAGAAAUAUGAUUUGAAAGUUGAUGUAGGCGAGGAAACCGUUACAAUUUGUAAACAGAAACAAAGAACAACAAUCCCAAUGGUUAAACAAGACCAGCCCCUCUAUGUACCAUUCAGAUUAAAGCAGACUACCAAAAUACCGCCUCAACAGCACGUUACAGUUAUUGUAUCGGCGUGCGUUUCAGCAGCGAGAGUGCUCUUUAGGCCGUCAUACAAUCUAAAGCAGCAGAUUCCAAUCUUUAUGGCUAAUAAUCUGUUGCUCAUUAAGGGACACCAAGCUGAAAUCCCGAUUCACAAUCCAGCAAGCUAUCCAUGCUUUUUGAAGAAAGGUAUAAUCCUUGGAGUAUCAACAUUACCAACAACAGCGAGUAGGAAUCGAGUUGUUACUGAUCCACAAAUAGCAGCUGCAAUACCCAGUUUUGAAAGCCUUAGGUCUACAUUAUAUCGACAUAAAGAAAAUAAAAAUCAACCACCGACACCAACAUCGUUGCGAAAUCUUUGCAUUCCGGAUAAAUAUGAAAAAUUGUGUACAGGAGAAAAUUUCUUACAAAUUCAAAGAUAUGUGGUACUCGCGACAGAACACGGGCUUCGUUUGUUGUUUAAUGCUACAGAAGUCCAUGUUGAUGGCAACUUUAAAGUUGCACCAAUGUCACAGGCAGGCGGAACACCUCUUUUUAUACAAUUAUUCUCAUUUUUCGGUCUAUUCCAUAAUAAAAUAUUACCAUUAGCGUUUGUCUUUUUUAAUGGAAAAUCGAAAAAAAAAUACUCAAAAUUAUUACGUUGUCUGAAAGAUAAAGCAUUCGCGUUAAUGAUGUUAUUUGCACUCGAUAAAAUAGUCCUCGAUUUUGAAACUGGUCUAGUACCAGCGUUUCAAGACGAAUUUCCAUUACCGGGGAUAACAGGAUGUAAUUUCCAUUUCAAUCAGGCCUUAUAUCGUAAUCUUCAAAAUCUCGGUUUGCAACAAGAGUAUGUGGAUAAUGAAGCUGUUCGAAAAUAUUUUCGUAUGAUAUCAGGCAUCCCAUUUCCACCAACACAUUUAGUACAAUUGACCUAUGAUGAAGUAGUUGAUUCGACACCAUUACGCAGAGGACAUAAAAUGCAACCGUUUUAUCGUUAUUUUUCAAACAUGUGGUUAAAUGGACAGUAUGCUGUUGAAGUAUGGAAUGUUUAUGGUCAAGAUAGACGAGCAAAUAAUGAUGUUGAAUCAUGGUAUUCUAAGUUGUCACGUCUACUACAAGCACAACCGACUGUAUGGAGAUUGAUUGAAACACUUCACGCCCAAUACGUCUUAGUUCAACAUGAUACUGAACGUUUACGUGCCGGAACAUAA